GUGGAAAAACUUGAAAAUUUCAAAGUAAAAAUGUAUAAGAAAAAUAUAAAAACACAGGAAUAUACAGGUAAAAGGUUUGAAGAUAAAAAUAAACCUAACGACGUGGAAAUCGUUUUAAGAAAGAUAAAUAAUAGAUAUAAUAAAUUUGAAUCGACUAAUCUUCGAGUACCGAGAAUUUUACACGACAGGGGUGAUUCUAAAAAUACGAAAAUCGAUUUAAAACUCAAAUACGAUUCUUCGAAAGUAAACAGAGCAACGGAAGCUAACGCCAAAUGUAUUAAAACGGAAACUAUAUCGUAUAGAAAUAAUUCGUUUAGAAAAAUAAACGGAUCAAAUAGAAUUCUACCUAAUAGAGAUGGACCCAAUAACGAUAGUAAAUUAAAACUGAUAAAUUUAAAAACGGAAAAAGAAAAGGUGGUCGAAGACAAGAAAGUCUUGGAAAAGGAGCCACAGAUACAAAAAACAUUAGCAAAAAAUGAUCGAAUGGUAACAGAAAAAACAAAGGAUUGUGAUCAAAAGAAGCCUAAAAUAAAGGAAGUAAUCACUAUACCUUAUAUACCACUUAAUGAUUCGGUCACGCAAAUAACCGAUGACGAAAUAACCGAACCGAUAAAACCGAUAAUAAAAGACACAUCAAAACCCAGCCCUAAAACAUCAUCACCGAAAACUGUCACUUUUAAAGAUCAACGUUUAAAAUCUGGUAAAAAAAUCGAUAAAGAUAAAUUGAAAAAUCUAACAAAUAUGAAAAUGAAGAAUAAUAAAACGAAAACGCCGACUGCAGUGAAAGGUCAGCGUCGAAGGAAAAGAUUUUCUGCGUCACCUGUCAAAUGUGUUAUUAACGAAUUCGCGCCAACGGAAGUUGUCAAAUGGGAGCCAUCUUGUUUAACGAGUCAAACGCGACCGUACUACGAGGCGUGGGUCGAUACAACUCUGACUGCGUUCUCCAAAUAUUCUGAACAAGAGAAAUGUGUUAUGGAAAAGGAUUUAUUAAAAGCGUUGCAACAUUUAAAAAGGCCAGUUUCGCCGGAACUUAUAUAUGAGAGAUUGAAGGAUGAGAGAUAUACAGGUAGGAUAAGAAUAAGACGUAAAUGAUGUGUCAAGUUGUCAAAUUGUGUUGUGUUGUUUAGUAUUAAAGUUUUUUUU